AUGUCCGCCGAAGAGCUGCGGGCCCAGAUCGAGGCCACUCGGCGAGAGGCCGAAGCCGAGGAGGCGAGGCUCCCGGAGCUCCAGGCUGAGACGGCACAGGCCAGGGAGCGGCAAAGGCUGCGGCUCGAGCUGAGGGAGUUGAGGGACAGGCUGGGAGAUGCAUAUAAUCGCAACUCAGACGAAGUCCAUUUACGAUGUGACAUUGACGAGGAACUUUGGGAAACUGUACAGACUCAGACCCAACCUGUGAUGCAAGCAAGUGGCUGUGGAAGUGCCAAUUUCGGGGCGCUGGUGGCUAAGGGCGAAUAUGUGUGGAGGAUCGAAGGGUUUUCCUGGGUGCCAUGCGCGCUCGAACAGGUGGAGUCUGAAUGUGUGGAGUCGACAUUUCAUCUUGCGAGCCACACAUUUCUCCUUCAGUACAGCCCGUCGGCAGGAUAUCUGUGUAGGGAGCAUCGUGGGACUCUCGCCAUAACGGUGCACACAGAAGAGCGCAUCGCGCUUCGGUAUCGCAUCUACGUUAAGGCGCGGAACGGUGAGUUCGUGCAGUGGGGUGAGACGUGCGAUGUUGUUCAUCGUGGCGGAAGUGAAGGCUGGAACGAGCGGCGGAUGCCUGUUUCCUACGGGCCGGAUGUGCAUUUGCCGGGGCACGCCCCUGCUUCACUGGGCAUCUUCGGGCUGAGCCAUAAGGAGCUCCUGCAGUCCCAGUGGGUAGAGAACGACACCCUCACUGUGAAGUUCGAGCUGGAAGUCCGUCCCCCAAUAUGUGUAGGAACGCUGCCUUUGAACCUUGCCACAGAGGUGCCCGACCCAACCAUCCUCGAGGACACGCGGGCGCUAUUGGAGGAGGGCACCUGCAGCGACGUGCGGUUUAUGGUGCAGGGCGAGGAGAUCCAGGCGCACUCGCAGGUUCUUUGUGCACGAUCCGAGGUGUUCAGCAAGCAGCUGACGGGAGGAAUGCAGGAGAGCAUCUCAAAAGUCAUCGUGAUCGAGGACUGCGACGUCGACACCUUCAGAGCCUUUCUGCAGUUCCUCUACACUGAUCGCUUGCCGGAUGACCAGGAGCUCCUUCCGAACCCCAUGCCGAGCGAGUCUGGGAAUUCCGGCUGUGGCCGGGAGCUGUCGCAGAUUCAGGCGCUCUUAGCCGUGAGUCACAAGUACCAGGUUAAGAGGCUUCAGCUGUGGUGUGAAGCGAAGCUUUCCAAUGAAUUGAGCACCUCAGGAGUCUGUGGCAUCCUCUGCCAAGCGCAUCUGCUCCAGGCGAAGCAGCUCGAAAAGGCGUGCCUCGCCUUCAUCAAAGAACAUGCAGGCCAGGUACUCAUUCUGCCGGCCUAUGUUGAUUUGGUGAAGAGCUGGCCUAAGAUCGGGAUGAUGGUCAGCCUCUUCUCGGCGGGCGUGCCCGACGCAGAGUUGUCGGCGGCGAUGGAUGGCUUCGACAAAUCACAAACAGAGGAAUCGGAGCACCAAGUGAGGUAUAUCAAUGGGGCAGCAGAUCAGGGCAUCGUGCCGAUGGAUUGGUACAUGUUCGAGCUGGUGGAGUUCAAGGAUGACCUGGCCAAGGAUCUCAACCUCCGCACCCUCGAGAAGAAAAGGAUGGACAACGCCGAGGCAGCGGCGAAGGUGGCUGAGCAGAUGCCACUAGGAGAAGGCUCGUGCCACGGAGGUCCUGAGGAAGCAGAGCCCGAGCCGGCUCAGGAGGAAGAGGAGGAUCAAGAGGCGGAGGAGGAUGAUCUCGCUGAGGGCCGCUAUGCGCAGCUGGACACCGAGAGGGACCUCGCCAUGAUGAGCCGUGGCUUCGAUGCGCCGGUGGAAGAGCCACCGCCCCCUCGUACCGCAAGCCAUGGCUCCCGCCCCGGCGCGGGUCGGCCGCCCAACUCUAGACCCGAGCCAGCUGCCAAACCUUCGGCGGCCUCCGCGCAGCGGAGUGUCUCAGGUUCCGGCGCUGCUGGCUAUUCCGAGCCUGCCAUUGAAGUCCGAGAGGAGCGGAGAGUAGACCCGGAGGAUGGCGUGGCGAGAACGUACAAGGAGUUUCAGGCCAUGUACACCCAUCUCUACUCGCCACCGGAGAUCCGGGAGUACUGGAACGAGUGCAGGCCCGAAGGCGAGGCGCCUGCGCCGACGCCCGCGCCGCGCGCGGCGCCCGCGAAGGCCGUGGUGAAAGCACCAAAGGCGCCGGGGCAGCCCUGGGGCAGUGGCACCACCAAAGUGCGGUUUUGA